GCUAUCGUACUCAAUCGUACUGUAUUGAUAGCAUAUUUAUUAAUGACUAUCAGUGGAAAAUUGAGAAAAUUUAUUCUUUAUACAAAUAUAAUAUAAUUAUAUCUCUGGUAAGAAUAGAAAUAAAAAUGCCUAUAAAAACUGGUGAAAAUGUGCCUACAUUGUGUGAAGAAAAUAAGUUCGAGUGCUGGUUAGUUUAACGUGCUGGUAGUAUAAUGAAAUAAUAGGUGAGUUCUGUGCUGAACAAGAAUGUUCAAUUUUAUGGCAAAAAGUACAUGUUUGAUAAUUGCUGUGAGACAUGCUGGAAUUCUGACGCGGGAAGUCCACAAUGGGUUGUUAUUAAUUUUGAAAAAGAAUGCAGCCUCUCCUGUUUUGAGAUACAAUUUCAAGGUGGAUUUGCUGGGAAAAAUUGUCAUAUAGAGGCUGGCAAUGAUAAAAAGGAACUGACAGUUAUUGAAUCCUAUUAUCCACAAGAUGAUAACAGCCUACAGCAAUUUUACUUAAAAAAUCGGAUUACAGCUAAAGUCUUUAAAUUUGUAUUUAAUGAAAGCACCGAUCUCUUUGGUCUCAUUUUGGAUCGGUUGAGCACUGGCUGGUCGAGCUGAAUGAAAAAACACAAAUAAGUUGUAAUAAUAUCAUUACUUACAGCUACAAAUAAUUUUUUUUUUAAUUUUAUUAUUCUUACUUGCACAGGCUAGAGGCUGAAGCUUUAUGUCAUCAACAGCAAAACCUCCAUUACUGGCGCUUCCCUCGAGAAUAAGUCGAUAUGGAGUUCGUGCUUCAAUCGUCACUUGUGCCGCCAUCCAUACCGGUCGUGGAUUAUUUAAUCCUUUAGCUGUCAGUGACCAUAACUGCAAUAGGGAAAUUAAAAGUUUAGAACAAAAAUGAAUCGCAUACGCUGCUUCAUGAAAAUUUUCAUUUCAUGCACUUUAUAUUAAAAUAAAAGUAAAUUAGAAAUUUAAAUUUUUUACUUGUAUAUAGAAUGCGCUUAUAAAAAUGUUAGCGCGCUUUUUUGUCAUUUUAUUUUUGUUUUAUGUUUAAUGAAUGGUCAAGAUAGAAUGACAAAAAAAUACGCUAACAUCAAGCGUGUUCUGUGUAGAAUACAGGCCUUAUUUUAUUUUAUCAAAACUCAAAGAAUGUGCAUAAAUGAUAUUUUGGAUAUUAUAUAUGUUCGAUUUUAUAUGUAA